CCACUCUAAGCUGACAUUUCGGCUUCUUCAAUUCGGUUCCGCUCUCCUCCCUCCCCUGCAAAAUUUCCAGAAAUCUUUAAAAAGUGCAAAUUUGAAAAUAAAUUUAUACGAUCGGGGCCCGUGGAUUGUUAAUUAAGCAACUGAUCAUCACAUCCAAUUAAUGGAGAGCACCGAUUCAUCGAGCGGAUCACAGCAGCCUCAGCUCCCGCCGGGCUUCCGCUUCCACCCGACCGACGAGGAGCUCGUCGUUCACUACCUCAAGAAGAAGGCCGCCUCCGCCCCGCUUCCGGUGGCUAUCAUAGCUGAAGUCGAUCUCUACAAGUUUGAUCCAUGGGAGCUUCCAGCUAAGGCGACGUUUGGGGAGCAAGAAUGGUAUUUUUUUAGUCCGAGAGACAGGAAGUAUCCUAAUGGAGCGAGGCCAAACAGAGCGGCGACUUCCGGUUACUGGAAGGCGACGGGGACGGAUAAGCCGGUGUUGACGGCGGGAGGGACGCAGAAAGUGGGGGUGAAGAAAGCGCUGGUUUUCUACGGCGGAAAGCCGCCUAAAGGAGUGAAGACUAAUUGGAUCAUGCAUGAAUAUCGCCUUGCGGAUAAUAAGACCACUAAUAAGCCUCCUGGAUUGGACAUCGCCAAUAGAUCAAAAGGCGGCUCUUUAAGGCUUGAUGAUUGGGUUUUGUGUCGUAUUUACAAGAAGAACAACUCGCAAAGGCCGUUGGAUCACGAGAGCGAUGAUCUGAACGAUAUGUUGGGAUCGAUUCAUCCUUCUGUACCAUUUGCUCCCCAGCACAAGAUGGGACUAAAGCCGCCCUCCAAUUAUGGCGCAUUGCUCCAAACUGAUCACAUCUUCGACCACGCCUUGGUUCCUAGCGACCCCUCAAUCGGCGGCGCCAGGUCGGCUCAGCUCCCCUUUGUCCCGCCGACCCCCAAUCUCCUCCCUACAAAGCGGACCCUCCCGGGGCUCUUCUGGAACACCGUUGACGACUCCUCCGCCAAUCACCACCACCCCGCCGACGCCUCCCCGGAUCCCCCGACCAAAAGAUUCCUCGCCGACAACAACGAAACAAGCAUUUCUCGAAGCGACGAGCAGAACGGCUCCAUAGCCACACUCCUAAGCCACCUGCCCCAAACCCCUUCACUGCACCAACAAACCAUGUUGGGGGCCCUAAACGACGGCGUUUUCCGCCAACCCUACCAGGUUUCCGGCAUCAAUUGGUACUCUUAAACGGCCACCGUGUAUAGUAAAUGUCCAAAGCCCGGGGGGAGACAAAUUAAAUAUGUAAACACAAAUAUACACAUAUACAUACAUAUAUAUAAUUAAUAACCACAUAUAAAUAUUAUAAGUUUAAGUUUAGGCCUAAUAUCCUCCAUCUGUAGCAGAUCAGAGUUUUACAUGUUGAAGCGGCUGAGCAGCGGAUUAGUGGUUGGAUUAUUGCAGGUACUGAACAUCACAUAUCUAUACUGAUGAUCGGAUUGAGGUUUAAUUUUGUUGGUUAAGCAUGCUAGCUAGCUAGCUAGGGAAAGAAAGAUCAGACUGGAUGUGAAUUGAAGAAUUAUAUUGUUAAUUAGGUGGUGAUGAUGAUCAUAAUAUGGUGGAUAGGGUUGUCUUUAGCCAUUUUUAGGUGAGUCCAUAUUUUCUAUAUUGUUUUGGUUCCUCUCUUAUUACACACAUAUAUGCAAAACACAUAUUUUAUUAUUAUAGCAUUUCAACUACAACUCAA